AUCUUCGCAAACCCUCGUGCUAGUUUUAUCUUCGAGUUUUGAUUCUUCUUAUAAGGAAUUUUCACCCUGUGGUGCCCUUAUUGAGGAAUGAUUACAAUCGCACCUGGAGGCCCUUUUGAUGUAGCAAGCAUACUUACCUUUGUUGCUCAUGUAUAUUGCCCAUUCGUGGAUGAUACUGACCUUGGUCCUUGAAGAGGACUACAUAUAUUCUGUAACUUCCCCUUUCAAGCGGAAUCAUGUAUUUGUUUGUGUCUUUUGGUUACGUUGAUUACCUUAGGUUCUGUAUAUAUCUGAUUUUUUUAAAAACAAAAUUGAAUUUCUGUGCCCAUUCUUCGUUUUGUUUUCGGAUCAUUAUGAAAAAUCAUUGUUAAUGCUAUCCGCUUGGCAUUGUUAAUAUACAAGAACAAGAGUAGAACAAUUCUUGAUGCUUUAUUGUAGUUGUGGUGCCUUCGGUUUUCUUAUUUGGCUCUGAUGCUGAGACUGACACAGAGGGUGUAUUAAUUAUAAAAUGGCAUGAACGAAAGAUUCCCUAAUCUUGAUGUGCAAUUUAGAUUUUGGUUGAAUAACAUGUACUAUGAGCGUUUUCUUGUUUACGCAUAGGGGAUCACCCGACAGACCAUCUCAGCCGCGCCCCCAGGAAGGUUCUACUUCUACGCAGUCCUGGUAUCCGCCAUCUGUAGCGACCUCACCCGGUUCUUCUAGGCCUGCAACACCAAGCGGCACUUCCUCAAGCAGCUAUGGUUCACAGAGACCUACAGAAAGAUUGCAGUCUCCUUCGCAUGUUUCUCCUGCGGAAGCUGCGGUAGUUAUUGCUCAUUUGAAGGACAAAAGCGCUGAUGAGCUACGGAAGCUUUUAUCUGACAAAGAUGCUUACCAGCAAUUUUUACUUUCACUUGAUCAGGUCAAAAUUCAAAACAAUUUGAAAGACGAACUUUGCAAGGAGACUACACAGCUUGCAGAGCAAAAUUUGCAAAAGGAACCUUGUAUUAUGGAACUUAAAAAUCAGUGUAGAAUAAUUCGGACAACUGAGUUAGCCACUGCUCAGGAGAAACUAAAUGAACUCGAGAAGCAGAGAGAACAAGCAUUGAAGUUCAGUUCUCCAGCUUCUCUUCUUCAACAGCUUCAAGAGGCUAUGAGCCACACAGAAGAAGAAUCUGAAAAUCUGCACCAGCAACUCCUUGAUAGAGAAAUCGAUCUUGGAACCUUCAUGCAGAAAUACAAGAAGCUUCGUACAAAUUACCACAAGAGAGCUCUCGUGCAUCUUGCGGCUAGAACAUCAAAUGCAUGAGAGCCACCACGUAAGGGACAUGCAAAUUUAGAAAGUAGCUUCUUAUUUGUUCGAGGAAAUCGAUGUGUGUGCAUUUGUUUGUGGGUUUAUUCGUCGCCAUGUAGUAUUCAUCCUUUGGAGGUCAUUGUCAUCUUUGUUUACUCACGAUUGAAAUACUGUCCUUGAUCAAUGAGAAACGUUCGCAUGUAUAGCUUGAGAAUUUUUUAGUUUAUCUGUACCUUAGGUGACUUGCAAGCGAUAAACAAAUACGAGGCUGUAUUCAUUUGAAGCUAGUUUCAUAUAAAGUUUAGAAGCCGAAUGGUGUUUUCUGUACUGUCCUUUA